AUGUCAUCAGCCGUGCGAAGUGAGAGUAUUGAGAGAGGUGAUGCAGAGGAAGGCGAAAAGUUGCUUCAUCAGCCGGAAGUGAUCCCAGAUAAGACUGUCAGGGCACAUGUCAGGGCACACCGUGGCAAAGUCAAGAUAUUGCUUGUGAUAUUGGCAGCCCUCUGUGUAGGACUUGUCAGCUUCUCGGCCGGUCUGCUCUUUGGUCUGCAAGCGCAGAGAACAUCUUCAGCAAAAGGCUCUCCAGGCAAUGCUCAAGCAGUGCCUCAAGUGCCCGUCAGAACUGAAUUAAAGACCUUUCAGCUUGAUACAUCCUUCACGUCGGUACCGGAGCAUGGCAAGACCGAGCCUGCAUGGGAUUCCUUGCUGCCCAACGGCCUUGGAUAUGUGAAUAACACCGAGCUGGCACCCGACUUCUCUGUCGUGAGUGUAUUUCACCAGCUGCAUUGCUUGUACACCCUCCGUCGUGCGUACUAUGCCGAGCAAAGCGACCAUGACGGCCUUGAAGACUUUGAUUUUGGCCUCGAGCGGAAUAAACAUGCUGGCCACUGCUUUGAGUACCUCCGGCAAAGUCUGAUGUGUUCCGCGGACUCAAGCAUCGAGCCUGCGCAUGUCAAAAAGACUGACGGUCAGGAGUUCCUCGGAUGGGAUGUAUCGCGAACGUGCCGGAGUUAUGACCAGCUGAAGCAAUGGGCAGGGGAGCGGAGAGCCUUUGAUGCCCAUGGAUUCCUCGCCAGUGAUCUGAAUGGACCGAACCAUGGUCAAUGA